AUUUAGAUGGAAGAAACUAUAUGUGUACGGUUAUCCAUGUAUGAUGACGUCAUAAUUGUCAAGUCACCUCCUGUUCAAAAGUAUGUUAUUGCUCGUAAAAGGUGAUCCAAUGUCUGGACUAUACGCUGUGAAUUAUAAUUUUAUUUCUAACAAUGGACACUUGACCUUUAUUAUAAACGGUAUUGUAGAUGUAUAGAAUCCAGUGUACCGGAAUUAUACUUAUUGUACAAACGUGCAGUAACCCUAUAUCGCAUUUUCGUAAACACUUGUAUACAGCAAUGGGUUCUUCCCGCCUAGAAAGCCAAAUAAAAUAUAAAAUAAAUAAUGUAAAACUGUUUCAGGUAUGGGGAGAAUGACGCGAUACGGUCCAUGGACAGUCGUGGUCGCAUUGGCCUGCUUGACGGGUACGUCGUCAGAGUACUUGAUGGGCGGUCACAUGGACAACAGUCCACCGAAGUCCUUGUUGGAAGAGAUCGAAUCUUCCCCGGCUUUGGCGAGGACGGCGCAGCUGGAUGACCUUGACCUGGAUCUCGAUGCAGAGGAGAGCACCGUUGCCGUUCCGACGUCGAACGAAGAAGAAGCGUUGCAUUAUCACCUUCCGUAUCCUUUCGCCUUCAACGGGGGCAGACCAUUCUCCCUAGAAAAGGAUCCGAUUACCGGGAAGAUCGACUUUGAAAAGGCGCCUCCUGUAAAAGCUCUGAAUUACACCAGUCGUUAUCAAGAACACGCCAACGACAACGAACAGAUCGACGACAAAGAAAUUUCCAAGGAGAAUAUCCCCUAUACAAAAAAGAUAGAGAACAAAGAAACUGUGGACGUUAGUCCUAACGAGAUCAAUCCUUACUUACCCAAUUUCCACGAUUUCCUCAAUCUUCCAGUCCAAUACUCGUCCGACAAAUACGGCAAAGACAAGUAUCCGUUGAUAUCCAGUUCCUACGCGAACACAAAGGUUCAAAGUGGCUCGAACAGCUACAGCACCUACAAUCAUAAACCGUAUCACGGUGAAACUGUUCUCUAUUAUCCUACCAGGAAACCGUACAUACCUAAAACGACUGUGUCGACAACGCCAACGUCUCUUAGAACGACGACGCCGUCCACGACCACCACUACCAGCACUACUACCACUCCUAGGACUACAACGACGACCAUGGCGACGACUACCACCACGACAACCACUCCGCCCUCGACUACCGUUUCCACUUCCACGAAGACGCCUGCUAUAACCACUUGGAAACCUCAUGUAACCACACCAAAACGAUAUAUGGACGUUUUGGACGAUUACGAAGAUAUUCUUCCAAUAGAAAAACUUCAAGCUUCCAUGUACGGCAACAAUCACCACGGUUCGAACAACAUAGUGCACAAUCGAGAUCCACAGAUGAAGCCGCCUGUGAAGCAGGACGAAUACAUAGACGGUUACGAGGAUUACGAGAUCAACGACGAGGAAGAUAUAAAAGAUUACGUUGCAACGAAAGAGACGACCAAUGUCGUCGUUAAGACCACCACCUUACCCACAACAACGUCGACUAUUCAGAAUGUAACAACGACCAUUGGAACUCCAGAGACUAGUCCUACUACUACAACCACAAGUAGUACGCCUGUCCCAUCGCCAUCGGUGGUACCUUCUUCGGUUGUCUUCACACCUUCUUCGAGCACUUUUCAAACUAAUCCAGUAAUGUUCCAAGCUCUGUCACAUCGUCCUGUAACUUCGAUGCCUUUGGACAACGAUCCCCGAGUUCCAUCGGCAUUUGGAAAUGACAACAAAAGGCAUGGAGUUGCGGAUAACGUUAUCGUCAAUCAAAGUUACAGACCGAAUCCUAUCGUUAAUCAGAGGCCAAGCGAAUUGGCCGGAGAAAUCCUGGUAGAGAGUACCAGCAAUAUCGUGAUACCACCUGACCAGGACACGGUGUCGUUUGUCCUGGGUAAUAGGCAAAACGUUGAAGGUGGAUAUUACUCGUUGGGUACGGCCAUUGGGGAGAAUCUUUAUGGCGGUUCGUCUGGAAUCGACGCGUCUUUCCGGCCUCUUUAUAAUUCACCAUCCGACAAAGGUAAUUACGAUCUGCAAGACCAUCGUGGGAAUAUAGGCUUGCCCUCGGUAUCCGUACAGGAUAGCAAUCCCAUGUACGCUGCUCAGACAUGGAGACAGCCGAAUCCUUCUGCCAUCCAAAAGCUGGCCAACGAAGUAGAACCUCCCAGAACUCAAAAUUCGUUCGUGAUGGGAACCGUGCACCUGGAACAGACGGACGAGAAAAAAGAUGACAAAGAUGUAAACUACGUGGUAUUCCCCAAGGAUGAACCCAAACAACCUGUCGAAGAGCACAUCGUCGUCGUGAACGAAGCCGACGGCACCGUACACGAGAUCACACCUUCCCCCACAACGAGCAAACCCGUGAGGUUAGAUCCGGCAGUGUCGAACGAGAAACAUCUUCCACAACUUUCGGAGAACCUGACUCCGCCAGCAGAACGACCGAGGCCGCCUUCGCAAUUUUAUUAUCAUUAUCAUCACGGCGGCACAACGAGGCCCGAUCAUCCGAGACCGCAAAGGCUGCCACUGCCGUCUCGUGGAAAACCGACACCGCCUUCGUCUCAUCCUCCUCCGCCUGCAGAUCUAGGCAUACGAAGACGUCCUUACUCGCCUGACGCUAACCUGCCAAAUAUUCUGCCGCAAUUUCGGCCGAACGCGAAAACGUCGCAUGGACACCGUGGCUCGGAGACGAUCGGCACGAUUCCAGCUGGACAGGCUUACCCUGCGAGAAUAAGGCCGCCGGUGCAGUCUCAUCCGCCUACGAGAAGACCAAUGCCGCCGCCGCCGCCAUCAUAUCUUCAAAGAUUGAAUCCUCCUCCUCCGCCGAUUCACGCGCUCAGAGUGGCGACUAUGGCUUCCACCAAGUCCGAGAGCGUGGUUCCCCCUAUGGACACAGAACCAACGGUUAAGAGAUUUCGUCUUCCAGCGAUACCGGCCACCUCUAGAGGCGAGGACGAUGUCAAAUCGGCGCAACGGUUGCCCGGUCAGAAGCUGCGCUUGGAAGAGGAAGAGCGAUCGGACCGUUACUCCGAGGAGCCACCCCAAGUGCCCCCGAGACCUCUGUUGUACCCUAAACGAAGAACGGCGGACCCGCCACACGUUGCGACCCUUCAAAUGAUCCAGCAACACGGCGAGUUCGAUGAGGACAUCACGGAACCCAACCUACCACCAAUUGGCACAAACGUGAACGACGAUUCGGACAGGAUCGUGAUCGACCAAGACGCGGACAGAAGAAAGUACGACGAACGGGAAACGAUGGCGGAGCCACCGGUCUACGUGGUCUAUCCCGUCAACACUGCGGUGAAUAUACACCCGGAUGACUCCAGGGAGAAGGACGAGAGCGUAGUGGUGGGGACACGGGGUCCUCAUAGACCUCUUCCACCAGAUACGCUUCUGCAAGACAACGAGGAUCCGGAGAUAGACGAGGAACCGAGUCCGCCUAUUCACAGUAUAUUUCGUGGACGACCCGUGGCGUCGGAUUUCCCCUACCUCCUCGAACGUCCAGAUCCCUCGAUUCUUAUCAGUGGGAUGAGGGAGACGCCACUCCUGGUUCCCAGUGAUCAGCGCCAAGACGAGAAGCCUGUAAAAGUAAAUAACGAUGAAAAGGAGGAAAAGGAUACCAGCGUGAACGUUAUACCUUAUCUGCAGGACUUUGUACCGUUUCCAGCGAGGAAAAGCGAACCCAUCUCGGCGACGCUUCAUCGCUCACCAUCUCCGCCGUCAUCCACACCUAUUGCUUACGUAUACACGCCAACCGCGCAAGCAUCUCACCGUCUAGAGGUGGACGUACGAGACGAGGAGGGCUCCAAGAACGAUGGUAACGAGCAGAAGCCUAUCCUGUUGCCGUCGCAACAACCGUCUAGUUCCUCUAGUUCGGCACCCUCGCCGCAGAACUUCAUGGCGCCGUUCGUUGCCAGCGUUAGCGCCGAAGCUCCCUCCAAGAAUGGCUGGAGCGUGGUCGUUGUGGAGCCUGCUAUUAAUAGGAAAUCAGACGACGAUCGUGGAUCGUCCGAAGACACUUCCGACGCGGAAGAAUCACAGACGGAGAGAAACGAGUUUGACGCUGAGAACUUUAAACCACAGCUGUUUGGCGGGUUUAAACCAAUUUACGAAUUUCCCACGGAAGACGUAGACAGGCUAGAGCGCAGGGAGUCUAUCGACGCGGAAUCGGAGAUUCCAGAGAAUCUUCGAGAUUCCGUCGAUCUAGCUGUUUGAUGUAAGAAUAGAUUUAUCGUGUAGGAAAUAUGUUACUCAAACAAGCAUAAUCUUAGUUUCGAGUAUUUCGUUGAUCGUUGUCACGCUCCUUUUGGCAUUACCAUCCUAUGCAUAAUUUUUUCGUUAAGAUAUACAAUAUUUAUGAAGUAAUGCUAAUUGGAACAUUUUUGUAAAGGAAGAACUAAAUAUCUCGAAACUUGGUGCAUUGGUGACUGGGAAGAUUUGUUGUCUUCGUAGGGGAUCGAAGUUAACUAUACAAGUCUGAAUAUUCAUACAAUUUUUUUUUUUAUAAAUGUCACUCAUUGAAUUCGAAGAAUAGGAUUAAAUGCAACUGGGUCCAAGAGUAUACGUUUGGACAGAAUUUUAAAUUUAUACAAAUUUAAUAACAAUGAAUCUGUUUAUACUCAUCCGUGGAACAUUGUUUUAUGCGCAACAUGUAUAAUUAAAUGGGAUCCAAGUAUAGACGCUUUCAAAGUAUUAUUAAAGUACUUGAACCCUUUUUGCAUGUAAUCCUCUUAAAUAUAAUCAGAAACACUUGAGACACUCAUCGUACCAACAAAUCGUUAUAUUAAUUUGUCAGUUUUAUUGUUAAGCUCCAUAAUAAUUUAUAAAAUCUCAAUUGAUGGAAUACACGUCGUCAUACUUUGUACAUGUAAAUUCGAAUAUGUUAUGCAUUUUUAUGCACAAGUCAGCGCAAAUAAUGUACAUUAUACUAUUUAUUUUAUUACAGCAGUGUUUUUCAAACUUCAUCUUGCAGGAGAAAAGUAAUUUUAUAUUUCAUUAAAGAGUAUAUUUUUUCUCUUUUCGAGAGCUUACGAAUUCUUCGUAAGUUCGCAGAUCACAGUUUGAAAAACACUCUAUUAAAAAAUUGUUAACGUACUUGAAAGUAUGAUUUGCGUUAAUAAUUACACUUAUAUAAUAAGUAUUCAUGUAAUAAAUCAUUUUUAAAUUAUAUGUUCUAUUCUUGUUUUAUUCAUAUUA